GAAGCGAAGGGGGCACUACUUCCUUGUAGCCCUCACAAUCAAAACAUUAUUCGUGCGCAAUGGGUGAGUCUGCAUCCUCCAAAGGACAUUUUCUCAUCUAAAUCUUGGCGCAUAUAGUCGGGAAGCUCCCCGAACAGCGUUUGUGGCACCAUGCUCCAGCUGAACGACACGGUGGAGCAGGAGAGUGCGGGCGCUGCGAUUCUCCACCCCGCGGAAACCGAAGAGGGGGUCGAGGUAGCCUUCACGCCGCCGGAGGCCGGACGGAGCCUCGGACACAGAGCCUCCGUGGCCUGCUGCCCCCCGUUACAAACGCUGACGCCCUUUCAUGUACAUAACCCCACAAUCCAAGCGAAAGUGAAGGACUAUUUCGUGUUCAGGCCAGGUACCAUCGAGCAGGCGGUGAGCGACAUCCGGACUGUGGCACUCCCUUCUGAGGAUGGAGAGGUGUUCAGCGUCUGGCUGCUGGCUGAAGUUGACCACUGGAACAAUGAGAGGGAGAGGCUUGUGCUUAUAACGGAUAGGUCACUGCUGGUGUGCAAGUACGACUUCAUCAACCUGCUGUGUCAGCAGGUUGUCAGGAUCUCUCUCAACGCUGUAGACACCAUCUCAGUGGGCGAGUUUGAGUUCCCACCCAAAUCCCUAAACAAGAGAGAAGGCUACGGGAUUCGUGUCCAGUGGGACAAACGUCCUCGUGCCUCAUUCAUAAACCGCUGGAACCCCUGGUCCACAGACAUGCCCUACGCCACCUUCGCAGAGCAUCCCAUGGCCCACGCUGAUGAGAAGGUGGCCUCUCUCUGCCAGUUGGACAACUUCAGGACCCAGCUGGUGCAGGCAGUAAAGAAAGCUCAUAAGGAGCAUCCCAUCCCCGGUCGAGCUAACGGCGUCCUGAUCCUGGAGAGACCCCUGCUUAUCGAGACCUAUCUGGGCAUCAUGUCCUUCAUCAACAAUGAGGCCAAGCUGGGCUACUCCAUGACCCGUGGCAAGAUCGGCUUCUAAGAUCCACAGUUUCUCCAAAUUACAACAGAGUUCAACCCAUGUGUCUGUGUUAACACUGCACUGUCUGAGGGAAACUGUCGCUCCACUACAGUGUAAUGCGCAACCAAUCUGUGUGUGUAAGUUGAGCCCAUGAGAAGGCCACACCUCUUGAAGUUGGUGUUACAGACAAGUGGUCAGCCUACUGUAGGCAAAUGAUGCGCUGCAUUGCAUGGACUGUUUACUCAUUUGUUUUUGUGCCCCCUGUCCUUUUUUCGUCCAAGAGCGAUUCACAGAUCUGUCCACGUGGGUCCUCGGGAGUGUAUGCCCAUGUGAUAUAAGUUGGAGAGAAAAGACACUUCGGUACUUAUUCUUAAUUGAGCUUUUUAUAAUCUAACGCUUCUUGUUUAACCACUGAUGGACAAACUGUAAAAACUAUUGUGAUGUUUACAUCUUUGGUUGAGGAAUGCAAACAUCAGGGUUGUUAUUUCAGCAUUAAAGAUGUGCUUUGUUUCCCAGAGGAGUGACAUCAGCCAAAAAUGUUCCAUAUUUUAAACAUUUAAAUGGUCUGAAAUGAAGGAUUGUGUAAUUCAGAUCACAGGGCCAUAGGGUAGCUUCAUGGAACUGAAUAGCAGCUGAUGGAUUGAGUUUAAAGGUCAUGUCACAUGAUUAUUGUUAUAAAAGUAACUAAAAGGGAAACCGUUCCAGGAUAUACUGAAAAGCUCUGGGCUCAGCUGUGUUACUUGUGAAAAAAAAACAGCUAGAAGACACUUUUCAGCCUCCAUGAAACUGAGUUGCAUUAUCAAAUAUAGCUAAAAUGUUCUAUGUUCAAAAGUUUUAUGCAACAUGAAAUUGUGAACAUGUCUUUAUGUUUGUAAGUUGCCUUAAAAGACCCUGCAACUUGCAUUUGAUUUAGGCACACAUUUGCACUCCGCUGCAUUGAACUCUGCAGUUCAUUAACCAUAGACUGUAUGUAUCUUGUAAACAGGAUUUAAGUGAUUUUCAUUUUAAUAAUUGUGCUACCAAAGGUAACCAGGCCAUAUUUUCAUGCUGAGCAAUGCCAAUGAAUAAUUGUGUCCAAAAUGCCCUUUUCUGGUCGUAACUUGUGCAUGUUGUUGCCUGCACGUUGAGUUUGCAUGACAGAUGUUUUUUAAAGGAAUAUCCUAAAUGGAUUUGUAAAUAAUAAUUAGAUUUUAUUUAUGCUGUUAUUUUGUUGCGGUUAACCCAUAAAUGCUUCUAGAAAAUGAAUAUUUCAUUGCUAGUUCUGAAGUAUUUUAUUUAGGGAUUUUAAGAGAAAUGAACUCAUUAUUACAAACAAUGUGAAGGCUUAUUUUUGUUCUUGAUAUUUGUAGAGCAGAAGCCACGAUGGAGAAUAAUAAUGCCUCUGUGUUCUUGUUGGGGUCUCGGCUCCGGUCAUUGUUAAGUGCAUUUACAUGAUGUUCGUACUGUCAAAGACUGCAACAAAGUGAUUAAGUUACAGUUCAGUUUGCUUUUAUAAAUGGGCCAUUAUGCCUAAAGAUGAUACAUUGUGGCCAUGUAAUACAGUCCUAAUAUAUUUAGUACUACUUGUUUGUUGUUUGAAUUCUUGCUGGCUUUUUCCGUUGGGUCAUAACAACUACCAGUAACAAUGCAGAAAUUCCGGAUUAAAGAUAAUGCCACUCAUGUCAUUAAGAGCUGCACACUAUACAAUGCUUUAAAAAUACACAUAGAAAAA